CCUCUCACUUCUGCGUUCCCUUAGCCGCCCAUCAAUUUUAAUGGUGAGGGCGAUGAGGGAAUCGAGGUCCACCGGCAAUUCCCGAGUGGCUAGCUCAUACUUUUUCUCCUCAGAUAGUCUGUGAAGGAAGGUAUCAAAAAGGGACUCCGGAUUCCAGGCACUCUCGGCGUCCAGCGUGCGAAAGUCAACAGCGUAGUCUGCCACACGACGAGAAUUUUGACGUAAAUCCAGCAGUUUAUGGGCCGCCUCUCUGCCGGAUACCGGAGAAUCAAAAACCUUCCUCACCUCUGCCAUAAAGUCCUCCAGAUGACGACAAACAGCGGAUUGUUGCUCACAAACUGCCGUCGCCCAGGAGAGCGCCCUUGCCGACAUUAGCGUAAUAAUAUAUGCUAUUUUAGAUCAGUCCAAAGGAAACAAAGAUGGCUGUAGCUCAAAAAUAAGGGAGCAUUGAGAAAGAACCCCGGCAGGUACCAGGAUCCCCAGAGUAUCUCUCAGGAGGAGUGUUCACAGCCUGCCAGGGUGGUGACAGUCCAGUCAUGGCACAGCAGGACACGCCUGCCAAUAAGGCCGCUGCCCCGAACCUGGCCGUGCUGCACUCCAAUUUUAUCAUCGGCUCUGUGUCAGAGGAGAACUCUGAAGAUGAGUUUUUGGGGAAGCCAGACCUAACGCUGGGCCUGGAGGAGAAGGAGCGCUCCAUAUCCCCCACCUCUAGCCUCAGUUCAGAGAACAGCAGCUACGAGAUGGGCUUUGACAACAUUGACGGACCCCACAUGAGUUGUUCACACAGACCAAGCAUGUCUGGGCUGCACCUGGUCAAGCAGGGACGAGACCGCCGUCGCAUAGACCUGCAGAGAGAUUUCACUGUGGCCUCCCCCGCCGAGUUCGUCACCCGCUUCGGAGGCAAUAAGGUCAUCGAGAAGGUCCUCAUUGCCAACAACGGCAUCGCGGCGGUUAAGUGCAUGCGCUCCAUCCGCCGCUGGGCUUACGAGAUGUUCCGCAACGAGCGCGCCAUCCGCUUUGUUGUCAUGGUAACCCCCGAGGACCUGAAGGCCAAUGCAGAGUACAUAAAGAUGGCCGACCACUAUGUGCCGGUGCCAGGAGGGACCAAUAACAACAACUAUGCCAACGUGGAGCUCAUUCUGGACAUUGCCAAGCGAAUACCUGUGCAGGCUGUAUGGGCUGGGUGGGGCCACGCCUCAGAGAAUCCCAAACUCCCAGAGCUGCUCAUGAAGAAUGGCAUUGCCUUCAUGGGUCCUCCUAGCCAGGCCAUGUGGGCUCUAGGGGACAAGAUCGCCUCAUCCAUCGUGGCUCAGACAGCUGGCAUCCCUACCCUGCCAUGGAGCGGAGCAGGACUCACAGUGGAUUGGACAGAGAGCGAUCAGAAGAAGAGGAUCAUCAACGUUCCCCCUGAUCUGUAUGAGCUGGGCUGCAUCCAUGAUGUGGAGGCAGGACUGAAGGCUGCGGAGGUGGUAGGCUACCCCGUGAUGGUGAAGGCCUCCGAGGGAGGUGGAGGAAAGGGCAUCCGCAAAGUCAACUGUGCUGACGACUUCCCCAACCUCUUCAGACAGGUCCAGACCGAGGUUCCAGGCUCACCCAUCUUCGUGAUGCAGCUGGCCAAACACGCUCGUCACCUGGAGGUCCAGCUCCUGGCUGACCAGUACGGCAACGCCAUCUCCCUGUUCGGCAGGGACUGUUCCGUACAGCGGCGACACCAGAAGAUCAUAGAGGAGGCGCCCGCCACCAUCUCCACCUCAGACGUCUUUGAGGACAUGGAGAGGUGUGCAGUGAAGCUGGCUAAGAUGGUGGGCUACGUCAGUGCUGGCACAGUGGAGUAUCUCUACAGCCAAGAUGGCAGCUUUUACUUCCUAGAACUCAACCCUCGUCUGCAGGUGGAACACCCCUGUACUGAGAUGGUGGCCGACGUCAACCUGCCUGCUGCACAGCUACAGAUUGCCAUGGGGAUCCCCCUGCACCGUAUUAAGGACAUCAGAAUGAUGUAUGGGGUCCAGCCCUGGGGAGACUCUAUGAUUGACUUUGAGGGUCUGUCCACGGCCCCCUCCCCACGUGGACACGUCAUCGCUGCCCGCAUCACCAGUGAGAACCCGGAUGAGGGUUUCAAGCCGAGCUCGGGCACGGUGCAGGAACUGAAUUUCCGCAGUAACAAGAAUGUGUGGGGAUACUUCAGUGUGGCAGCGGCCGGAGGCCUGCAUGAGUUUGCAGACUCCCAGUUUGGCCACUGCUUCUCCUGGGGAGAGAACCGAGAGGAGGCCAUCUCUAACAUGGUGGUGGCCCUGAAGGAGCUGUCGAUCAGAGGAGACUUCAGGACCACAGUGGAGUACCUCAUCAAGCUGCUGGAGACUGAGAGCUUCCAGCACAACACCAUCGACACAGGCUGGCUGGACAGGCUCAUCUCCGAGAAGAUGCAGGCGGAGCGUCCUGACACCAUGCUGGGCAUAGUGAGCGGGGCUCUCCACGUGGCUGAUGUCAACCUGAGAAACAGUGUCUCCAACUUCCUGCACUCUCUAGAAAGAGGUCAGGUGAUGCCCGCGCACACUCUUCUCAACACCGUGGAUGUGGAGUUGAUCUAUGAAGGUACUAAGUAUUGUCUGAAGGUGACGCGUCAGUCCCCCAACUCCUAUGUGGUCAUCAUGAACAGCACCUCUGCCGAGGUGGACGUCCAUCGCCUCAGCGACGGUGGCCUGUUGCUCUCCUACGACGGCAGCAGCUACACCACCUACAUGAAGGAGGAGGUGGACCGGUACCGUAUCACCAUUGGGAACAAGACGUGUGUGUUUGAGAAGGAGAACGACCCGUCGCUGCUUCGCUCGCCCUCAGCAGGGAAACUCAUCCAGUACACCGUGGAGGACGGAGGGCACGUGUUCUCUGGCCAGUGUUAUGCUGAGAUAGAGGUGAUGAAGAUGGUGAUGACUCUGACGGCGCUGGAGUCCGGCUGUAUCCACUAUGUGAAGAGGGCCGGUGCCGUGCUGGAGCCGGGCUGUGUCAUCGCCAAGCUGCAGUUGGAUGAUCCUGGCAGGGUACAACAGGCGGAGCUGCACCACGGGGCCCUGCCCGUCAUCCAGGCGGUGGCGCUGAGAGGAGAGAAGCUCCACAGGGUCUUCCACAGCACCCUGGACCACCUGGUGCACAUCAUGAGUGGUUUCUGCCUGCCUGAACCCUUUUUCAGUGGAAAGCUAAAGGAAUGGGUGGAAAGGCUGAUGAAGACUUUUCGGGACCCCUCCCUGCCGCUGUUGGAGCUGCAGGACAUUAUGACCAGUGUGUCAGGCCGGAUCCCACUCGCUGUAGAGAAAUGCAUCAAGAAGGAGAUGGCCCAGUACGCCAGCAACAUUACCUCUGUGCUCUGCCAGUUCCCCAGUCAGCAGAUUGCCAACAUCCUGGACAGUCAUGCUGCCACUCUGAACAGGAAGUCGGAGAGAGAGGUGUUCUUCAUGAACACUCAGAGCAUUGUACAACUGGUGCAGAAGUACCGCAGUGGCAUCCGUGGUCACAUGAAGGCUGUGGUGAUGGACCUGCUCAGACAGUAUCUCAAAGUAGAGGUGCAGUUCCAGCAUGGACACUACGACAAGUGUGUGUUCACACUGCGUGAGGAGAACAAGGGCGACAUGGCCAACGUGUUAAACUACAUCUUCUCGCACGCCCAGGUCACCAAGAAGAACCUCCUGGUCACCAUGCUUAUUGACCAGCUGUGUGGUCGUGACCCCACCCUGACUGACGAGCUGAUGGCCAUUUUGACAGAGCUCACCCAGCUCAGCAAGACAACCAACGCCAAGGUGGCACUGCGUGCCCGCCAGGUGCUGAUUGCCUCCCACCUCCCCUCCUACGAGCUCCGUCACAACCAGGUGGAGUCCAUCUUCCUCUCUGCCAUCGACAUGUACGGACACCAGUUCUGCAUCGAGAACCUGCAGAAACUGAUCUUGUCUGAGACGUCCAUCUUUGAUGUGCUGCCCAACUUCUUUUAUCAUAGUAACCAGGUGGUCCGGAUGGCUGCCCUGGAGGUGUACGUACGUAGAGCCUACAUCGCCUACGAGCUCAACAGCGUCCAGCACAGACAGCUGAAGGACAACACCUGCAUUGUAGAGUUCCAGUUCAUGCUGCCUACCUCCCACCCCAACCGAGGGAACAUCCCAACUCUAAACAGGAUGUCGUUCUCGUCCAACCUGAACCACUACGGCAUGGUGCACAUGGGCAGCGUGAGUGACGUCCUCCUGGAUACCUCUUUCACCCCACCCUGCCAGCGCAUGGGAGCCAUGGUCUCCUUCCGCUCCUUCCAGGAGUUCACCCGGAACAUUAAAGACGUGAUGAGCUGUUUCUCUGACUCUCCUCCUCACAGCCCCACCUUCCCAGAGGGAGGGAACCCUGUGCUCUAUGGAGAGGAGGACACCAAGAGUAUCCAAGAUGAGCCCGUUCACAUCCUCAACGCGGCCAUUAAGACUGACAGUGACAUCGACGACGAUGGCCUGGCCGCCAUGUUCCGGGAGUUCACCCAGUCAGAGAAAUCCCUGCUGUUUGAACAUGGCAUCCGCAGGCUGACCUUCCUGGUUGCUCAGAAGGAUUUCAGGAAGGCAGUCAACUAUGAGGUGGACCAGAGGUUUCAUAGAGAGUUCCCCAAGUUCUUCACCUUCCGGUCCAGAGACAAGUUUGAGGAGGACAGGAUCUACCGUCACUUGGAGCCAGCGCUGGCCUUCCAGCUGGAGCUGAACCGCAUGCGUAACUUUGCCCUGACCGCCAUUCCCUGUGCCAACCACAAGAUGCACCUUUACCUGGGCGCUGCCCGUGUGGAGGCGGGCACAGAGGUCACAGACUACCGCUUCUUUGUCCGGGCCAUCAUCCGUCACUCAGACCUGGUCACCAAGGAGGCGUCUUUUGAGUACCUCCACAACGAGGCCGAGCGUCUGCUGCUGGAGGCCAUGGACGAGCUGGAAGUGGCCUUCAACAACACCACCGUACGCACUGACUGCAACCACAUCUUCCUCAACUUUGUCCCCACCGUCAUCAUGGACCCCUCCAAGGUCAGUGGCAGCACACCCAAGACCUGUACAUGCACUGUGUACAUUGGUUUUGUACACUGUACAUGUAGUGAUGUGUUUUGGUAUAUGUUUAAAACAAACUUCUCUCUGUGUAACCAUGCUCAGAUUGAGGAGUCGGUGCGCUCUAUGGUGAUGCGUUACGGCAGUAGGCUGUGGAAGCUCCGGGUCCUGCAGGCUGAGCUGAAGAUCAACAUCCGGCUGACGCCCACAGGCAAACAGAUACCCAUCCGCCUUUUCCUCACCAACGAGUCAGGCUACUACCUGGACAUCAGCCUGUACAAGGAGGUCACCGAUUCCCGUACGGGACAGUUGGGGCCUAAAGACCGACAGAUCAUGUUCCAGGCAUAUGGGGACAAGCAGGGUCCUCUACAUGGCAUGCUCAUCAACACCCCAUAUGUGACCAAGGACCUGCUGCAGUCCAAACGCUUCCAGGCCCAGUCCCUGGGAACCACCUAUGUCUAUGACUUCCCUGAGAUGGUCAGACAGGCUCUAAAGAAGCUGUGGCAGUCCACCAAAGCCUUCGCCCACCUGCCCAAAUGCCCUCUGCCCUCUGAGCUGCUCACUUUCACUGAGCUGGUCCUGGAUCCACAGGGACAGCUGGUGCAGAUGAACCGUCUACCAGGAGGGAACGAGAUUGGCAUGGUGGCCUGGCGGAUGACGCUCAGGACCCCGGAGUACCCGGCAGGGCGUGAGAUCAUUGUGAUCAGUAAUGACAUCACACACAAGAUUGGUUCGUUUGGGCCGCAGGAGGACCUGCUGUUCCUGCAGGCCUCAGAGAUGUCCAGGGAGAGUGGUAUUCCUCGUAUCUACAUCUCUGCCAACAGCGGUGCCCGCAUCGGCCUGGCAGAGGAGAUCAGACACAUGUUCCAUGUAGCCUGGCAGGACACGGCAGACCCCUACAAGGGCUUCAAGUACUUGUACCUGACCCCUCAGGACUACAAGAAGGUGUCAGCCCUGAAUUCUGUUCAUUGUGAACACAUAGAGGAUGAGGGAGAGUCCAGGUACAAGAUCACUGACAUCAUCGGGAAGGAGGAGGGUCUGGGGGUGGAGAACCUGAAGGGCUCCGGGAUGAUUGCUGGAGAGUCCUCUUUGGCCUAUGACAAGGUCAUCACCAUGAACCUGGUGACUUGUCGUGCAAUCGGGAUCGGAGCCUACCUGGUUAGGCUGGGUCAGAGGACCAUCCAGGUGGAAAACUCCCACAUCAUCCUCACUGGGGCUGGAGCACUCAACAAGGUGCUGGGUAGAGAGGUAUACACCUCCAACAACCAGCUGGGUGGGAUUCAGAUCAUGCACAACAACGGUGUGACCCACAGCACAGUGUGUGAUGACUUUGAGGGAGUCCACAUGCUGCUGCACUGGCUCUCCUACAUGCCCAAGGACCGAUCUAGUCCUGUGCCCAUCAUCAAUGCCAAGGACCCCAUAGACCGGCUGGUGGAGUUCAUGCCCACCAAGGCUCCCUAUGAUCCCCGCUGGAUGCUGGCAGGACGCCCCGGCCAAACUCCAAAGGGCCCGUGGCAAAGUGGGUUCUUUGACCAUGGCUCAUUCAUGGAGAUCAUGCAGCCUUGGGCUCAGAGUGUGGUGGUGGGCAGAGCCAGGCUAGGUGGCAUACCUACUGGAGUGGUUGCUGUGGAAACUAGAUCUGUGGAGCUGUCAAUCCCAGCCGAUCCAGCCAACCUGGACUCUGAAGCCAAGAUCAUCCAGCAGGCAGGCCAGGUGUGGUUCCCGGACUCUGCGUUUAAGACGUCACAGGCCAUCAAGGACCUGAACCGCGAGGGCCUCCCUCUUAUGGUGUUCGCAAACUGGAGAGGCUUCUCUGGAGGCAUGAAAGACAUGUAUGACCAGGUGCUGAAGUUUGGAGCCUACAUCGUGGAUGGGCUGAGAGAGUACCGCCAGCCUGUUCUGGUGUACAUCCCUCCCCAGGCAGAGCUCAGAGGAGGGUCCUGGGUGGUCAUAGACCCCACCAUCAACCCCCGCCACAUGGAGAUGUAUGCUGACAAGGACAGUCGUGGUGGAGUGUUGGAGCCAGAGGGAACAGUAGAGAUCAAGUUCAGGAAGAAGGACCUGGUGAAGACUAUGAGGAGGGUGGACCCGGUCUACAUGGGCCUGGCAGAGAGACUGGGUACCCCAGAGCUGGGCCCGCCAGAGAGGAAGGAACUGGAGACCAAACUGAAGGAGCGGGAGGAGUUCCUGUUACCCAUCUACCACCAGGUAGCCGUGCAGUUCGCUGACCUCCACGACACCCCGGGACGCAUGCAGGAGAAGGGCGUCAUCACGGACAUCCUGGAGUGGCGGACGUCACGUCACUUCUUCUACUGGCGUCUGAGGCGUCUGCUGCUGGAGGACACGGUCAAGAUGAAGAUCCAAGUGGCCAACAGCGAGCUGACUGAUGGACAGAUUCAGGCCAUGCUGAGACGCUGGUUCGUAGAGGCUGAGGGGACCGUCAAGGCGUAUCUAUGGGACAGCAAUGAGGAGGUAGUGGAGUGGCUGGAGAAGCAGCUGAAGGAGGAGGAGGGGGCCAGGUCUAUCGUCGACGAGAACAUUAAGUACAUCCGCAGGGACCACAUCCUCAAGCAAAUCCGCAGCCUGGUCCAAGCCAAUCCUGAGGUUGCCAUGGAUUCCAUCGUGCACAUGACCCAACACAUCUCCCCAACACAGCGUGCUGAGGUGGUCCGCAUCCUGUCUACCAUGGAUGCUGCCCCGGCCGAUACCUAAGCCUCAUUUAUACCUGGUUCUAACAUGCGUCCUUUGUCUUGAUCUUGUCCACAUUCUGAUCUUGUCCACAUUUUUUGUGAGGUAUAGAUUAUUGUGGUCAUAUCUUCCUGACCACCUCCGGAGGUAGUCAGGGACCCAUUGUAUUUGGAUAUCAAUCCAUUGUAAACAGAUCUGGAUGGUCAAUCCAUUUAAAUCAUUAUACUGGUAUCUAAAACCAUUGACAGGUAGCUCCAUUGACUUAUGGCAUCAAUAAUUGUUUAACACAAAAUAUAUAUAUUUUGAAAGAAUCUGUCACAUAAUUUGCAUACAGGGAGGCACCAGGAAAUCUGGUCACAAUGGUUGGUGGAUAAGAGACACAUUUUACUACCAUGUGUAGAUCUAAUUGUAUUUGUCACAUGCGCUGAAUACAACAGGUGCAGACUUUACUGUGAAAUGCUUACUUACCAGCCUUUUCCCAGCAAUGCAGAAUAAAAAAAGGAAGUAAUAACACAAUCAAUUAACAAUAUCGAGGCUAUAUACAAGGAGUACUGGUACCGAGUGGAUGUGCAGGGGUACGAGGUAGUUGAAGCAAUCAGGAAAGAUAAGCGUAUCAGCAGCGUGUGUGGGUAGAGUCCAGUGAGUAUGCAAGAGAGUCAGUGGAAUUUUUAAAUAAAAUGGUAUUCAUCAAUGUGGGCACAAUCAGAAUGUGAAUAUGAUCCGGACAAAGGACUCACGUUAGCACCAGUUAUAAACCUAGAGGGCCUCCCCUCUCUUCCUAGCCUGGCCCCACUGCACUCUGGCACUGCCCCUGUGGAGGAACUGUGCUGGAAACUGGGGCUGGAGGAGCCUACAUGGCAGCCGAUGAGUUUGUGCUGUUACUGAUGAAACUGUUGGCAAUGAUUCUGGAGGGAGGGGGGGGAAGAGUGGAGACACACGGGGACUGAUGUCCAGGGUAAUGAAUUUACACAAGUCUUACAGAAUGUGUGUUCGUGUUGAUAAACUCCUUCCUUUUUCUCUGAGAAUAGCCUCAAUUUGUUGGGGCAUGGUGUUGAAAGCAUUCUUACAGGGAUGCUGGCCCAUGUUGAUUCCAAUGCUUGCAACAGUUGUCAAGUUGGCUGGAUGUCCUUUGGGUGGUGGACCAUUCUUGAUACACACGGGAAACUGUUGAGCAUGAAAAACCCAAACCGGUGCACUUGACACCGGUGCACAGCUUGCCUGUUCAAAGGCACUUAAAUAUUUUGUCUUGCCCAUUCACCUUCUGAAUGGUACUCAUACACAGUCCAUGUCUCAAUUGUCUCAAGGCUUAAAAAUCCUUCUUUAACCUGUGUCCUCCCCUUUAUCUACACUGAUUGAAGUGGAUUUAACAAGUGACAUCAAUAAGGCAUCAUACUGUAGCUUCCACCUGGUCAGUCUGUCAUGGAAAGAGCAGGUGUUCAUGUUUUGUACACUCAGUGUAUCUAAUAUAUGUGUAUAUGUAAGUGCAAUUUGAAUAAUUAUCAACAAAGCAGAGACCAGAAAUUAUAUACUUGUAUAGCUAACAUGAAUGAGGCCAAGCUUAGGGACUACACAAUUGACCAAAGUGGAAGCAGCUCUUCAUCCAUUUGCAAUCAUAAAGAGCCUCUGUCCUAUGGGAAAGGAAAACAUGCAUUGGGUUUUGGGGUGUUUUGAUGGUGAUCUUGAAAAUAAGAUGCCAGUAGACUGCUGGGAGGGUUCACUAGGGUGGGGGGGUUAGUACACAUUUUGGAGGGAGCACUUAUUUACUGAUAAAACCCAUGGUAGAGAGUGUUGCAUGGCGCUACCGGGGCAUUGUGAUUGGGAAAGUGGGCUGAUCUUUCCAGGGACUGGAGUGCUGGAGAGGAGUCCAGCAGGAGGAGAGGCCAAUUCAGACCAACCACACUGGCCCUGGGGUGAGCCAAGGCAGGCAGACACAUGCUGAAGCAGAUAGACGAGCAGUUGUCGCCUUACACACAUUGCUUUGAAUGGACCUUACUGUUCUAUUACUUACAUUAGGCUUUAGUGCAGCACAGCUUGCUCUUUAGUUUACUAAAAGUCUGACACACAAGCAAACACUAUCAAUGGUAAUUGUUGCCAUAAUGGUUAAGAAUCAAUAGUUUUCUACCGUGUGGUAUAUUUUUGGCUAUUAUUGUGGCUUAUUCCCACCAAAAAAACAUGUUGAAAAUGUGUUUUUUCUGUAUUUGUUUUUGUUGAAAAUGUGAAACAUUUGGGUGACUAAUUUAUUAAAUGGCAAUCAUGUUAAAGAGAACUAGGUAAUGUACACUGGAGUUACAGUCAGUAUUACAGGUGUGUUUUAAAAUGUUCACUAAUUUUGAGUUAAUUAUUGAUCCGCAGUUAUUUCUCUCCAUGGAGUCAUUGGGAUCGGGGUUUGCUAUUAAAAAAAAAUAAUGUUUGCUUGCUCACUCAAACUCUAGGCCUAGGUCCUAUUACUACAACAUUCAAAUGUACAAAAAAGUAUCUGAAAUGGAGCAUAAACAACUGUUUUAUAUAGUUUAAUAACUAGUGGUGUAAAAAUACUUUAAAGUACUACUUAAGUAGUGUUGUGGGGUAUCUGUACUUUACUAUUUAUAUUUUUGACAACUAAUGUACUUUCUACUCCAUAUAUGUUCCCUGACACCCAAAAGUACUUGUUACAUUUUGGAUGCUUAGCAGGACAGGAAAAUGGUCCAGUUCACAUACUUCAAGAGAACAUCCCUGGUCAUCUACUGGCAGACUCCUCUGAUCUCUGGCAGACUCACUAAACACAUGCUUUGUUUGUAAAUGAUGUCUGAGUAUUGUAGUGUGCCCCUGGCUAUCCAUAAAUAAAAACUAAACUGCU